UACUAAACAGAAUCCUGUGUGCUGCCAUGGACAGUGUGAAGAUGGAAUCUGUCCAGAUUAAAGAGGAGUUCCCUGAACUUGAACUGGUCCCCAUUAGAGUGGAGUUCUCUGGGCUGGCCUCCCUCCCCAUUAAACAGGAGCUCUGUGAGAUGCAAUGUGACAGCAGCCAGCCAGAGGUCUCUGACAUUAAAGCUGAGCACAAUGAAUUGGAGAUCCCCCAGACAGAAGAACCCCUUCCUGUUAAACAAGAAGAGGUGCUGGAAACUGUCCGUAUUAAACAGGAGCCCCCUGAAGUAGAGUUUGAGCACAUGGAACCAGUGAAGGAAGAAUCCGAGGACUUCAAACCAAACAUCCCUGAGCUGGAGCCUGUACGCCUGCGGGAGUGUAGCGUGGUGCUGGAGAGAAUCUGUGUGAGAGAGCAAGGCGCUGGAGAGGAAGGCUCUCCCAACAGCACGCAAGGAGGUGGAAAGGAAGACGGGCGCUCCCAUUCAGAGUGCAGUCUAGCAGGUUCCAGUCCAGCAGCUAAAGCGAGGGCGGGCGCUGCAGAAUAUCCUGACUGUGGGAAAGGUAUCACCCAGUUAGAGCAUUUAAAAAUGCACCAGCGAACUCACACAGGAGAGAAACCGUACCACUGCUCUGACUGUGGGAAGAGUUUCAGUCAGUCAAACAACCUUGUUUCACACCAGCGAAUUCACACAGGAGAGAAACCGUAUCGCUGCUCUGACUGUGGGAAGAGUUUCAGUCAGUCAAACAACCUUGUUUCACACCAGCGAAUUCACAGAGGAGAGAAACUGUAUCGCUGCUCUGAUUGUGGGAAGAGUUUCAGUCGGGCAGGAACCCUGAAAGCACACCAGCGAAUUCACACAGGAGAGAAACCGUAUCGCUGCUCUGACUGUGGGAAGAGUUUCAGUGUUUCAGGACAACUGACAACACACCAGCGAAUUCACACAGGAGAUCAACCGUAUCGCUGCUCUGACUGUGGAAAGAGUUUCAGUCAGUCAGCCAGCCUUAAAACACACCAGCGAAUUCACACAGGAGAGAAACCGUAUCACUGCUCUGACUGUGGGAAGAGUUUCAGUUAUUCAGGAAACCUGAAAACACACCAGCGAAUUCACACAGGAGAGAAACCGUAUCGCUGCUCUGACUGUGAGAAGAGUUUUAGUCGGUCAGACAGCCUUGUUUCACACCAGCAAAUUCACAGAGGAGAGAAACCGUAUUGCUGCUCUGACUGUGGGAAGAGUUUCCGUUUUAAACAAGGCCUUCAGAAACACCAGCAAAUUCACAGACUACUAAACAGAAUCCCGCGUGCUGCCAUGGACAGUGUGAAGAUGGAAUCUGUCGAGAUAAAAGAGGAGCCCCCUGAAUUAGCGUUUGAGCACAUGGAACCAGGGAAGGAAGAAUCUGAGGACUUCAAACCAAACAUCCCUGAGCUGGAGCCUGUACGCCUGCGGGAGUGUAGCGUGGUGCUGGAGAGAAUCUGCGUGAGAGAGCAAGGCGCUGGAGAGGAAGGCUCUCCCAACAGCACGCAAGGAGGUGGAAAGGAAGACGGGCGCUCCCAUUCAGAAUGCAGUCUAGCAGGUUCCAGUCCAGCAGCUAAAGCUAGGGCGGGCGGUGGAGAAUAUCCUGAGUGUGGGAAAGGGUUCACCCAGCUAGGGCAUUUAAAAAUGCACCAGCGAACUCACACAGGUGAGAGACCUUAUCCCUGCUCUGACUGUGGGAAGAGUUUCAGUCUGUCAGGAAACCUGAAAAAACACCAGCAAAUUCACACAGGAGAGAAACCGUAUCACUGCUCUUACUGUGGGAUGAGUUUCAUUCACUCAGGAAACCUGAAAACACACCAGCGUACUCACACAGGAGAGAAAAGGUAUCUCUGCUCUUACUGUGGGAAGAGUUUCAGGCAGCCAGGAACCCUGAAAGGACACCAGCGAACUCACACAGGAGAGAAACCGUAUCGCUGCUCUGAAUGUGGAAAGUGUUUCAGUCAGUCAAGCAACCUUGUUUCACACCAGAGAAUUCACACAGGAGAGAAACCGUAUCACUGCUCUGACUGUGGGAAGAGUUUCAGUCAUCCGAACCACCUUGUAGCACAUCUGCGAAUUCACACAGGAGAGAAACCGUUUCGCUGCUCUUACUGUGGGAAGAGAUUCAAUCACUCAAACAAUCUGAAAAAACACCAGCGAAUUCACACAGGAGAGAAACCAUUUCGCUGCUCUUACUGUGGGAAGAGAUUCUGUGUUAAACGAGGCCUUCAAAUACACCAGCUAAUUCACACAGGUGAGAAACCGUAUUCCUGCUCUGACUGUGGGAAAAGUUUCAGUCAGGCUGGAAACCUGAAAAGACACCAGCAAAUUCACAGAGGAGAGAAACCUUAAAGACUAUGUUCAAUGGGACCUUUCACUCAUGAGGAAAAAAACGUUAGCCUUGCAUUAUGAAUCCCUGUGUAAUUAGUGUUUUGUGUAUCACUCUUAAGGGCAUGCAUUUUAAAUGGUAAAAAUGCUCUUCAGCUCUCUUGCACUGUGAUUGUGUCAGAAAGUGGGCGGAGACGCGGACACGUCACAAGAGGCUUCUCUGCUGUCAGUUUAACUCAGGCUGUCAAUGCAGUCAGUGCCUGGGAGCGGGAAUAUGCAGAAAGGAAACUAUUCUGCACCUCAUCUGAUGGACGAGUCAGGAGAAAUUGAUAACUCAGUGUGGGGAAUGAGUUUCAGGGUUUAGCAUUUAAACUGCAUAGACUUGAAAAUAAAUACAUUUGAUGGGAACGAGUAUCCCGACCCCGGUAUGUAGCAUCCCAGAGACAAGACUGCACCGUCCUUACUGGACAACCGCCUGGAGGGUUUGUCUUGUAAAUUCAUCAUGAUUCUAAAACUAAUGAAAAAUGAUAGUGUCCCAUGACUGUAUUAUGAGAUGAAUGGCUGAAUACUGCGUGACGUGUAGCUUUGCGAUGUGCAUUGUCCAUGCUUCUAUUAGUGCUGCUCUUGUAAACUGCCCUGAGUAAUAGCAGUGUAGCAAGCAUGUGUACGGAUCUUAUGUACAGAAAGUCAAAUUGUGUAACCUGAGUUCUAAAGCGACUUGACUGUACAAUUAACCCUGGUGUGUGCUGAUUAAUUAUACAACAAAAUAGUAAGCAAUGCGAAAAACACCUUUGUCUAAAUUGUAUUCAAAUGAGCAAAAUGUGUGUGGUUUUUUUUUUUUUUUUAAGCCCAUUGUAUCAAAUUGAGUUCUCAUGCUCUGCCUCUUUGGGUGAGCCUUCAUCAUGGUGACAUGUAGCACUCAGACAGACUCUACAGGCAGAGGAUAGAGAGGAGGGGCUUGCAAAGUGCCUUUUGGGUAGAGAAAAAUAUAUAUAUAUAAGUCACAACUAGUAUUUAUAGAUCUUUUUUUUUUCUUUCAUGGUUUGUGUGUCUGAUGUACAGAAUUCAUGUUGUUUGCCAAGAUACUGGUUAAUGUUCUCUCUAGUUCCAGCUAGCACACUGCUCCUGGGUAUUGCAACACUUCAGCAAGUUUAGAGCUCGGAUGCAGUGCUUUUAAUCCUGCAGUAAACUCCAGGGGAAGAAGAUGGAAACCAGUAUUUCUCACUCUACAUAUAGUUGGUGUAAAAUAAAACUUUUUCAUUUUAAAAUACAGAAAUAUUUAUUAACUACCCACUUGCUGAGCUGCUACGUAAGCACAUGGGUUUUUUUUUUUUAAUAUCAUUUUUUGUUUUGUUUUUGUUACUGGUAUAAAGUGAAAAAAAAAUAAAAUAAAAUUCUUCAGUUUCCAAAGAGUGAAUUUUCAAGCACAGUGGGUUCCACAUUCAACUCAAAUGGUGUCUAACAGGGCACUAGGAAAGAAGAGACUCCCUCCCUCAAAGAGAAAGAAAGAGCGCCCCCUCCAGUCUAUAGAGAUGUAAAGCAAGGAGACGGAUUCCAUGCGCGCACAGCUGCUUCACUGCGGAACGCAACCUUGUCAUGUGACAGAAGGGCUUCAGUGACGUAUUAAACGGGGACAUGCAGUCAUUUAAAGACACGUCGUCUUUCUUUUAAAG